AUGAUUUACAAUUUCAAUAUAAAAAUGUUACAUCUCUUUCUCAUUCUACUUUUAAUGAUUUUCACAUCAACAGGUUUAGGUCAUCGUUGUUAUGUGUGUAGUAAGUGUCAAGACCCUUUCAGAUAUCAGGAUACUGAGAAACAAACGGGUUGUACCUUCUGUUCAACAAUAAGAACAUAUGUACAAGAUAAACUACAAGUGACCAGUCGUAGUUGUGUUCCGGUUUGCGUUGAAGCUGAUGCCAGGAGAUCCGGGUCAGGAAUUGUUACAUCGUGUUGUCAAGACGAUUUAUGCAAUUCUAGUAGGAAAACACAAAUAUCCAUGACUGUAAUCUUAUCUUCAUUACUUUUCAUACUACCAUUGUUAUCAACUUACUUUUAAUAAAAAAUAAACUGAUAUUUCUCGCCCAUUGCACUUAUUAUGAAAAGUUCGAUAAUCGUAUAUAUUGCUUCUAAAUAAUUAUAGAAUUUAUACUUUAUUUAUUAUGACUUAAUUAUGCUUCAUUCACACCAUCAUUUAUUCUUCAGUAAUAAAAUAUUUAUUAUUAGAAGGCAAUUUUUUGUUAUGAUGUGGUAAUGAUAACACAUAUCGAUUAUAUUAUUAAACUGUCCUAGGUCGACAAUGAAUCUAAUUUUGAUAAGUUGUAUAAACUUUGAGUAAUUAACUUGUUCAUUUUAUUAUUAUUAAUGCAUCUAAGCUGAUUUGAUUUCAAAUAAAUUAGUUAAUAAAUGAUCAAUCAAUGAGUAUCAAUAAUAACAAUGACCAUUAGUUGAAUGUCAAGUAGUCAAUAGGAUUAGAUAAAAAAGAUAAUGUAACCAAACUAGUUAGUAGCAUCGAGUACAGUUGAUGUAAGUAUAUAUUGUUUAAACUUAUUAGUGAUCAGGAAAACACACGUUCCUAACUUAUAAAUCACAAAAAUUCUAUUGAACUUCAUUUGUUACACAAUUAGUCCUUUAUUAUAUGUCAUAAUUUGUCUUAUAAUUGUUCAUCACACCGAUUUUACAGCUUUCGGAAACGAAUAUGUCAAAGAUAUUAUGAAUACAUAAACAAACUUUAUGAUACCG